AUGCAAGUUCUAAGAACUUCCUCUGUUACAUCAAUUCACUUCCCAAUUUCAAUAAGCAAAACCCAAUUCACCAAAUCCAACUUUUUUUCAACCAUAUCAUCACCGGCAACAUCCUCUGUUUCAACAGAGUCCACAGAACCACCUGAGGCAGAACUUGAAGCAGUCUCUCAUGUAGAGAAGUUUGACUGGUAUGCACAUUGGUAUCCAGUAAUGCCAGUUUGUGAUUUGGACAAGAGGGUGCCACAUGCAAAGAAGGUGAUGGGACUUGACUUAGUGGUGUGGUGGGAUAGGAAUGAGUGUCAAUGGAAGGUCUUUAAUGAUUCUUGUCCUCAUAGGUUGGCACCACUGUCUGAAGGAAGGAUUGAUCAGUGGGGAAGGCUGCAAUGCUCGUACCAUGGUUGGAGCUUCAGUGGCUCUGGUAACUGCAAAUUCAUCCCUCAAGCACCAUCAGACGAUCCUCCGGUAACGAGUCCAAAAUUGAAUUCUGUUUGGGAAGGGGGCUGCCCAGUUGAUUUGAAUGUCAAGAAGCUAGACAGUCGUGGUUUCUUCAAAAAUCAAGAUCACUUCGGCGCUACGAAUUUUAUUGCACCCUGCAUCUCUUAUGCUUCUAGUAGUCCCGGGGAUGAACCAGAAAAGGGUUCUAUGCAAGAAACUUUGAUAUGGAUCUUUCCAAGAAACUUCGGACUCGGGAUUGAUAAAGUUGUUCCGCGAUGGAUUUUUCAUAUGAAAAAAAACCUUGUUUUUGAUUCAGAUCUGUAUCUUCUUCACAUACAGGCUUGUUUUGUGCCAACAAAAUCUGAUGCCCUUCUGGUUGCUUACAGAAGAUGGUUCGACAAGUAUGCUGGUGGUCAAGUUGAUUGGCUCCUCCAACUUCUCCAAGAGACAAGUUGUUCGACAGUAGCCAACAUUUUGGACUCCUUCGCCGGAGGACCAUCUGACGCUGCUUGA